AUGUCCGGUACAUUCAGCAAACGUAUGCAACAGUACGUAACAAAUCCUAAUUAUUAUACCAGUUCUCCGGACACACCAUUGUUUAAGUUAAUUCAAGACAUUGAACUUCUUGAAGAAGACAUUACAUUUGGAGAAGUUAUAGGAGAGGGAUGUUUUGGAACCGUUUAUAAAGGUACAUAUCGACAAUCAGACUCUACUAUAACACAGGUGGCCAUCAAAGUGCUAAAAGACAAGAAAGAAUCAAAAGAUGAUUUUGAGAGAGAAAUUGAAAUAAUUUCGACAUUCAAUCACAAAAAUAUAAUCAAAUUAAUUGGUGUUGUGGUCACUGAUUCCGAUUUAAUACCAUAUAUGGUGUUUGAAUAUAUGAUGUUUGGAGACUUGGCUGAAUUGUUGAGGACUAAAAAAGUGAUACAACCAUCACAUUGUCAAACCAUUGAUGACCAACCUAACAAAGAUCCUAUACUUAUAACACAUGAUUUAUUAAUUUGGAUUUCAACGCAAAUAGCUAAUGGCUGCAAGUAUUUAGCAGACAACCAUUUCGUGCACCGGGAUUUAGCCACAAGAAACUGUUUAGUUGGACAUGACUUGACUGUCAAGAUAUCCGAUUUUGGUAUGUCUCGGGAUAUAUACACUUGUGAUUAUUAUAAGGUGGGCGGAUCUAAACUAUUACCAGUCCGUUGGAUGAGUCCAGAAAGCAUUCUCUACGGAAAGUUUACUCUUGAAUCCGACGUUUGGUCAUUUGGUGUUGUCCUCUGGGAAGUGUUUACUUUAGCAAAACAGCCAUAUUUUGGUCAUAAUAACGAAGAGGUUGUCAAACUAAUACUUCAGGGAAUACUAUUGAUUCCACCGGAAGACUGUCCACAAAUUAUCUAUGAAUUGAUGGCUAACUGUUGGAAGACUGAACCCAUUCAUAGAAUAAAUUUUCAAACAAUUUUUCAUAAAUUAUAC